AAGCGUCUGCGGUUUUUGCUGCUGUGGCCACAAGCAGGAAAUCCAACUGGCGUGCAGCUACCACGCCCUUUCUCGCUCUAACGGGCAACCAGCAUUCUCGCCAGUACGCUAGAAGACUGUUUAGCCGAGAUUUAUGCAUUCAUCUCACAGACAGUGAACAGAUCAAUUUGUUGCUUUCCAAUCAAGACAAAGCGAAUAGAAAAGAUGUCGACAACACUGAAAACUUACAGUUAUUGAAAUUUUACCGAAACUGAUUUGAUCGCCAAGUGAAUAUAAAAGAAAAUGUCGGAAUUACAACGAGCGCCCACUUUACCACCUCGACUUAAUCGGCGGUUAUCUCAGACGGACUUUAGUAAUAGUGCACCUGUUGCAGCAGCAGCCGCUGGCGAGACGUGCUUGCGUCUCAUCAGCGAUGCCGAGUGGUACUGGAAGAAUAUCAGCCGCGAAGAAAUCGACGAUCUGAUGAAGGACACGCCCGAUGGAACGUUUCUGGUCCGCGAUUCCUCCUCCAAAGCCGGCGAGUACACCCUGACACUCCGCAAAGGCGGAUGCAACAAAUUGGUCAAGAUCUGCUGCAAUCGACACGGUCGUUACGGAUUUUCAGAGCCCUACAAUUUCCAUUCCGUGCCGGAACUCAUCAACUUUUAUCGAUCCGUCUCCCUGGCCCAGUACAAUCCGACAUUAAAUGUCAAAUUACUUUAUCCAGUUUCACGCUUCCAGAAUGCGGAAGAAGCGGAAUCGGGCAACGACGUGGAGAAAAUGCGGAAGCGACUGGAAGAUGCCCAUAACGAAUAUUUGAAACGCUCCCAGCAGUACGACCAAUACCACAACGAUUAUUCCCAAUGCUCGCAAGAAAUCCAGUUCAAGAAACAAGCUUCGGACGCCUUCAACGAAGCUGUCGUCAUGUUCGAGGAGCAACUGCGAUUGCACGAAAAGUUCGAGCGCGAGGCUCACCGCCACGAAGUCCACAGUCUCAAGGAGAACUACCAGCUGCUCAAGUUCCAGAUGGGCAAUUUGAAACAGACCAGCCAAGAGUUGCAGAAUCAAUUGCGGGUCCAAACGGUCCUCAGCCGCAAUUUAGAUCGGGAGAUGAACGCCCUGAAACCCGAAUUGCAUCAGCUCUGCAAAACUAGGGAUCUCCUUCAGAUGAAGUUCUUGGCGAUGAUACAGGUUUAUUUGCAGCAGCAUCCAUCCAGCGUACACGCCGACAGCCAAUAUUGGCUCCUACCUGAUUACACCCGGCCGGAUGCCGAGCGCUUUCUCACCGGCAAAGCCGACGGGACGUUCCUGAUCCGCCGCAGCGCCGGAAGCGCUCCUUUUGCUCUCUCGAUCGCUUGUUCCAAUGUUAAGAAAACACCCGUCGGACACAUUCUGAUCCAUCGAUCGGAGCGAGGAUUCGGUUUCACCGAGCCUUACCUUCUAUUCCCCACGCUGAACGAUUUGGUCGUCUACUACGCCGGCCACUCGCUGGAGGAACUCAAUCCACUCAUAACUACUACCUUGGCUCAUCCGUUGCACGGGCCUCAACCUCCUGAAGGCAAUCAUUCAACCCCUGUCAGCCCAGCUGCUGCUGUAGUUGCCACCACUGCCGAAGGAUAUUUAUCUUUUUAAAUGGAAAUAAUGGUCAAUAUCGAACUGAAAAGUAUUUCUUGUUCCAAAAUUCUUUUCCUUUUUUAUCUGUCCUCAAUCAUCACUCAUUGUACUGCUCUCGUUAUUCAAUAAAUUAUUGCAAAUGUUAAAA